CAGCGUGUGGGGAGCAACCACCCAGAGACGUCUGUACUACUGGCUACAAUGUCCUACACACACCAAACCGACGGCGCCCCGGUGCCUCUCGACGAGAGCAUGUAUCGCUUGGAAGCGGAAGACUACGAAUUUCUCAGUUCUGCGACGGGUAUCAAUGAUCCAGAAGAGCUCAAGAAACAUGUUCUCUCAGUGCAAGCUGAGAUAUACACCGUCCACCCAUACCAUUGUAUUCGUGCAUUCGGGUUCGCAAGGCUGAAAAUCUCCCGCUUUCCCGCAUACCAGCACCUCCUCAAGCUUGGGAAAGAGCGCCUGGGCGCUCUGUUCCUUGACCUCGCGUGCUGCGUGGGCAACGAUGUUAGGAAAGCUGUUGCCGACGGAUUUCCCGUGAACCAGGCCAUAGCAUCGGAUCUGCACCCUGAAUUCUGGGAAAUGGGGCACAGGCUCUUCAAGACGACCCCAGAGACGUUCCCAGUGCCGUUCAUCCCUGCUGAUGCCUUCGAUGACAGGUAUCUCGCCCCCUCUCCCAUCCCCACGGAGCCGCCCACGGAGCCGCUUUCUCCCCUCAACGAGCUUGAGGCGCUCACGCCCCUUGUCGGCCGGCUCUCCGCAAUCCAUACCUCCGCGUUCUUUCACCUCUUUCCAGAAGAGAAGCAGCUCGAGCUCGCCCGCCGCAUCGCGCCCCUGCUCUCCCCCGAGCCAGGGAGCAUCAUCUUUGGCGCGCACGGCGGGCUACCGCAGAAGGGCUUGCGCGAGCGCAAGAACUCGCACGGGAUCCACAUGUUCUGCCACGACCCGCAGAGCUGGAAGGAGCUCUGGGAGACGCAGGUGUUUCGGCCGGGCCAGGUUAAGGUUGAGACGCAUUUGGUCGAACGCGUGAGGAACGACCCCGCGGUCAAGGAGGUUGUUAAGAACUAUCACCUGGUUUGGUCGGUGACCAGGUUAUGAGGAUAUCUCCGCGGUAGAGAAAUUUUCUGCUUAAAGUCGUCAAAUAGUGAAUACGAUAGUACUAGACGGGGAAUUAACACGCUUGUAGAUAGUGUUGGAAGUGAACUGACUUCGCGGACGGAGUCCUGAUUAUGGCAAAUAGAUUAUAGGAAAGGAAGAGCAA